CCUGUGGUCAGAGUCAGAGAAACCGGAAAGAAAAGCGGAAGUACACAAGCUCGUGGGCUCCAUGGUGAAGCGACAGGAGACGCAGCGACACAUGAGCCCCUGUUUUCAUCUGUAAGUGGAUGUGGUGCGUUUGUGAAACAUGGCGGAAGAGGAGCAGCUGCUCUCCCUCAUGUUCCUCUUGACCUACGUGCUGCAGAAGCGACGCAGAGACAUAAACGACGCAGACGUCCAGAGGCGCAGUGAGAUCCAGAGACGCAUCCGACACAGACAGUACUUCUUCCAGAGACAGAGGAGGAUGCUGCUGAUGAUGAUAGCAGGAGGUAUCCGCUCCAACGUCCGCAUCCGCACUCGUCCCUGGACCACCACUGCAAGCACUGAUUGGUGGGAGCGGGUGGUGAUGACAGAAUUCCAGCCCUCUGAUUGGCUGGAUAAGUUCCGUAUGAGCCAGGAGACGUUCUUUCACCUCUGUGACAAACUGAGGCCCCGUCUGGCUCGUCAGGACACCAGCUUCCGCCUGGCGCUGCCGGUGGAGAAGCGUGUCGCUGUGGCGUUGUGGCGCCUGGCAUCAAACAUUGAGUACCGCACCAUCAGCACUCUGUUCGGCGUGGGGAAGUCCACAGUGUGCCGAUGUGUUAGAGACAUGUGUCACGCCAUCGUGGGGCUCCUCAGCUCCAUCUACUUGCGGCCCCCCAAUGAGCAGGAGCUGGAGGACUCAGCCCAACUCUUCCUGAACAACGUGGGCUUCCCUCACUGUGUUGCUGCCAUAGCAACCCUCCACACAGCUAUCAUCACUCCAUCAAACAAUGCGUCUGACUAUGCUAACCCUGCCGGCUGGUUCUCAGUACUGUCUCAGGUGGCCGUCAGUGGCCGGGGGCAGUUCUGGGAUGUAUGUGCCAGUUUCCCAGGUGGGACAGACCCAGCUGAAAUCUUACAGAGUUCAUCACUGUGGACCACAGCCGCAGAGGGCGGACUGUCGCCUGCCCCACUACCCGUCUUCAUGGGAAGACCACUUAGGUAUGUGCUGCUGGGCGAGGCCUGUUACCCCCUCCAGAGCUGGCUGAUGAAGCCUUAUCCUGAGCAAAGAGGCAGGGGAGCAAUUCACGCUGCACUGACGGAGCCACAGCGGCUCUUUAACCGUCGACUCUCCAGAGCGCGCCGUGUGUCCGAUGAGGCGCUGCUAAGACUGAGGGCGCGCUGGCAGUGUCUGAGCAAGAGGAACGACUGUGGCCUGGACGUGGUGCCCACUAUGAUCCUGGCGUGCUGCAUUCUGCACAACAUAUGCGAGUCCCACGGUGACGCCUUCACGGCGGAGUGGCUGGCGGAGGUGGCCCAGUCAGAGAGCCCACAGCCCAGCCACAAGCAGCUCCCGUCAACCAGUGUGGAGCAAAGUCAGGGUGAGGAGGUCCGGCACCUCUUCAGUGACUAUUUUCAACAUUUGAAUAUCUGAUCAAGGACUUGUACAAUUUUUAGAAAACGUGUAAACCAUCGUACUGGAUUGUGCUCAUGCUGUAGAGAUGGCAGUGUCACUCAGUCACUUGUUCUGCCAGUCCAGUGUUACCAUGUAGCUUUAUGCUAAUUGUAGCCAGGCAUAUUGACAACAUGAGCAUACAUCUCAAACCACAGUAGAACCUAACUGCUCUUCACUCUCACAAAUUAGAGUUCAGACUCAUUUUAUUCAAGACAUCUGAUUAUUUGAUGUCCUCAAAUCAUGAAACAUCCAGGGGAGAAAAAGCCUUCUCGUUCAGGCUGAAUCACGUCUUGACUCUGGUGCCAUCAUGUUUUAUCUUACAACAGGGAAAUUGUUUUUUUCCCAUUUUCAUUUUAAAUCUAUCAAAAACAUUUUGUCUUUUAUUAUGUAAUAAAACGUUUUAUGUGUCCUCUUUUA